UUGAACUUUAACCUCUCCAUAAUUAUACAAAGGUUGAUCUAUUAUAAUUUUGAUUUCUGAAGCCAACAGUCUUCAUUUCUCCACAUUGUGAAGAACCAGAGGAUGGGUAAGAAAGGAGGGGGAUCUGUGUCAAGAGUCAAAACUCACGAGGAGGUACCAUCUGAGAAUGACGGUGUUAAACUGACGGGAGUGCUAUCUACUGAUUUGGUUGCCUUGUGCGAGCAUGAGCGACUACCUCUGAUCAUCGUGAAGCCACUCAGACCGAGUGUCCCAGUGGCGGACAGUUCUGGGGAGGCAGUGGCGGAGGACACUCCAUCAUCAAAAUUUGCUGUGCUGGCAGAUUGGGAGGACCCGGACGACCCCUCCACACUACACACACUACACAUGCGAGGUUGGCUCUUGAGUGAGAAGACACUGUCUAUACUAACAGAAGCAUUGUCCAGCUUCACACGACUACACGUGCUCAAUCUAUGGAACGUUGGUCUCACUGCCACCACUCUGCACUCUGUACUCACACUAGCCAUACAGCUAAACAUCAGUGCACUCUAUCUGGAUGGUAAUACACUGUCCCCAGAGCCUCUAGUGGAGCUGCUCACACACAAGACAAGUGUGGAACUUCUCUCUCUCAAGUGCUGUCAACUCUCUGAUGUGUUUAUCAGUCAACUGACCCCAGCCCUCACUGACAAUCGUAACCUCCUCCAUCUUGAUCUAUCUUGUAACAGCCUCACAGAUAAUGGCCUCAUCUUCCUAGCUGCUGCUCUAAGACUCAACAGAACACUGCUUUCUCUCACACUCACCAACAACAGUAUAGGGGACGAGGGUGUGGAAGCACUCGCAGAGGUACUGUCUGAGUUUCCCCUGAAUCAUGAGGAGGUGGUCAUGAAGAGAGUGAUGGAUUCUCUCCAAGUAAGGACAGACGAUGGACAAUCGGAGAGUGGACGCAGUAUUCUAUCCAGAGAGCGGAGUGCGUCCACUGCUUCUGUGGACAAGCGUGGGGGGAAGUCCCAGGCUAGCAAGAGCAGGAAGGAUGCGAAGAAAGAUGAAAAAGGAAAGAAAGAUGACAAAGGAAGAAAAGGUGGUGACUCUAAGAAGGCUAGUCGUGAAAAGGAGACUAAAAGCAGCAAGAAAGGAGCAGAGGUGACGGAAGAGCCCGUCCAAUCAGAUCCUCCAUUGGAGAGCAGGAGUCCGUUAUUAGAGGCCAAGAAGAAUGGUGACCAAUGGCUGCUACCCGGGAACUCAGCGCUAGUCUUCCUGGGGCUAUCAUACAACAACAUCAGUGAGUGUGGUAUAGCGUCCCUCCUAACCACCGUGCGCUAUCAGACCUCAGUAUUCACGGCCCAGGCCCCGGGCCUGCUAGCCCUCACCCUGCAUCACAACCACCUAGUCCCUCCCACCAGUUCAAUGCUCGCUACACUACAUGACCUACUGGAGCAAAGAAACCCUCUCAAAGUAGCAGAGACGGACCCUGUUAUAGACACUGUAGAGUCAGGGACAUAAGAUUAUGUAUGUGUUAUCAUUUUGUUUUUAUUUCACUGUCGUUUGCUAUACACAAACAUUAUCAUAAUCGUUAUUAUUGCCAGGCAGACAAAAUUAAUGACGUCACAUAUU